CCACAAUGUCCUCCUCUACCGUCUAUAUCGUCGCUACCGCGCGUACUCCAAUUGGCUCCUUCCAGGGUGGCCUCUCAUCCCUUUCGUACUCCGACAUUGGCGCCCACGCCGUCACCGCUGCCCUCGCCAAGGUCCCACAAAUCAAGCCAACUGACGUUGAAGAGAUCUUCUUCGGUGGUGUUUUGCAGGCCAACGUCGGGCAGGCCCCAGCUAGACAGGUUGCCAUCAAGGCCGGGUUGGGUGAAGACACCGUCGCCACCACCAUUAACAAGGUAUGUGCGUCCGGUAUGAAGGCCAUCGUCCUUGCGGCCCAGACCAUCAUAACCGGGACGGCCGAUAUUGUUAUCGCCGGUGGUGCCGAGUCCAUGUCUAAUACCCCAUACUAUAUUCCUUCUGCCAGAGGCGGUGCCCGCUUCGGUGACUCUGCCCUCGUGGAUGGGAUCCUGAAGGAUGGGUUGAUGGACGCCUACGACGGCCAGGCUAUGGGUGUGGCCGCCGAGAAGUGUGCGGAGGACCAGGGCUUUUCGCGUGAGGACCAGGACAACUUUGCUAUUGACUCGUACAAGAAGGCCCAGAGGGCUACCGCCAACGGCAAGUUCGCCGCAGAGAUUGCCCCAGUCACCAUUAAGGGCUUCAGAGGCAAACCAGAUGUGGUUGUGUCUGUCGACGAAGAGAUCAAGAACUUGAACGAGGACAAAUUGAGAGCUGCCAGAACCGUUUUCAAGAAGGAUGGCACUGUUACCGCGCCAAAUGCCUCCCCAAUCAACGACGGUGGCGCUGCUUUGGUGCUUGUAUCCGCUGCCAAGGUUGAGGAGUUGGGCUUAAAGCCAAUCGCUAAGAUCAUUGGUUGGGGUGAUGCUGCCAGAUCCCCUGUUGACUUCACCAUUGCUCCAGCCUUGGCCGUUCCAAAGGCCUUGAAGCACGCCGGCAUUUCUGCCGCCGACGUCGACUUCUUCGAGUUGAACGAGGCCUUCUCUGUCGUCGGCUUAGCCAACGCUAAGUUGUUGGACAUUCCUGCCGAAAAGUUAAACGUGUACGGUGGUGCCGUUGCCAUCGGCCACCCAUUGGGCUGUUCCGGGGCCAGAGUCGUCGUCACCUUGGCCACUGUGUUGGCCCAAGAAGGCGGUAAGAUCGGUGUUGCCGGUAUCUGUAACGGUGGUGGUGGUGCCUCCGCCAUUGUGAUUGAGAAGAUCUAAAAAGGGGGAUAGCUACUUGCGAAUAAAACUAACAUAAUUGGGAUUAUAGAAAACGGUAGCGUAAGUGAGUACUUGAUUAGGAAUACGCUCUAAGAAGGAUGAGACCGGUACAUGAAUCUAUAGUUAAAGCUCUCUAUAGUGGUUUAUGCUGUCAGUAAUAUAAUCCAGUUCAAAUAGUU